UUAGUUGAUUAUGGUUUUUUUCCGUCCUAUCUUUUUGAUGAAGGACCAAAUGAUGCACCACUCGGGUAUCGGGCCUGCUCCUUUCGAGGCUUUUGUGAAAGUUCCAAAGUGCAAGGUAUCGGCCCUCAUACUCAAAUUUAUUGUACAAGUGAGCGGGUGCUUGGUAAUCAAGAGGGUCUGGCCAAGGAAACUGUCGCUGAACUGCUGCCAGAGAAUGGUGAGGAAUGGUGAACGUAUGUGUGUUUGGGACCCUCUGAUCCUCAUCCCAAUUCGCAUAUUGGGAUGUGUUACUGAACACCUUGCUGUCUUUAGGCGUGUAUGGAAAGAAGGUGGAACCGGUUUUUUGUACUGGGGUGCCAACUGCUAUGAGAAGGCUAAUAUUCAUAGUUUCUCAUUCAUUCAUAAAUUAGAACAGCUAUAAAUCCUUGCUUUCCCUUUCUUUUUCUUUGACAAAGAAAUGUUUGCCUGCGAGCAGAUAAGAUUUUGGCGUUGCCUACUGCCAAGUGAUGGAUUUUGGUUAUAAAUCCUUGCUUUUUUUUUUUUUUUUUUUCUGGCAAUGAAAUGUUAGCCUGUAAGCAGAUCAGCUUCAGGUACUAUCCAGGCUAGGUGUUCUCAUCUUCCCGUCAGCCAGUUGCUUCUAUUAUGCUAGAUAGCGCACACUUAGUGGCUUGAAUCCUGUUUUUCCAUUGCAGACAUUUGUCUUGUUUUGGCUCAUUAUGGACCAUUCAAAUAUUCUCCAUGCUAAACUCGGAAUCCCACACGAGUGCCAUGGAUGUAGUAAUUGAAAAUUAUCAAUGCUUGGCGCACUCUUUCUAACACGCGCCCACGAGGAAGCUAGAAGUUGUGAAUGGAUGGAUGGUGCUGGGUUUGUCUAUAAUACAUGUUUCAUGUUUUGAUUAUUUUUUCACCUUUUGUUAUUCUAUCAGGACUUUUCGAGUACUGCAGAUCUGUACUUUGAGAUAUGGGAGGGAUGAAAGGCUUGCUCUUCUGGAAAAGACAGGCAUGUAUCUAGGUCCAGAUCGAUGGAGCGUUAUACGCUAGAGCACAUGCCAAUAUAUAGAUGUCAUGCGGGGUGAGAUCUUCAGUGCAUGCCGAUCAUAAAUAUUGGCAGUGUUCCAUGCAUUGAGUAUAUUGUUUUUGUAAUUAUCCAUGGAAACUUUUUGUACUGUAAAGAUGAAAUGGUUUGUCCAACUGCAUGAACUGCUUUACUGGUGGUGCUGAGGCAAAGUAAUUCUGGACAAGAAUAUAACGGUACUUUGAAAGAACCAUUGCUAGGAUUCUCCUGGCAUGCAUGACGUUAGCCUAUCAGCACAUGGCAUUACCCUUCCAAGUGGCCAGGUGUGUGCUUUCUCCCCCCUGCUUGAAACUAAAGACUCGUAACCAUCAGCAGUAUUAUGCCAUAUGUAGUAGUAGCAUAAAUGUAAAUGUUGCCUGAACGUCAUUAUAUUCUGUUCAUAAUGUACCUGAUCUUUUGUUUUUUGUUUUUUCAUAAUAAAAACAUACAUGUGUGCAAAUAGAGAAGGCAAUGCCUGCGGCAUGACGUCUGACCUUCAACGUGUAAUCCGUGUGUUUCAGAGAUUCUUUUGGGAUAUUUGAGAUGAGGCUUGAAAGAAAUUUCUGAUGCCGUCCCGAUUAACACUUAAAAACCCCAUUUCUCCUCGGUUGGAUAAUUAAAGUUACGCAAUCAACUCCAUGUACUGGAAUCGGAAUAGCAAGAGUGGGGCAAACCUUUUUAUAAAGGAGAAAAGGUAUGGAGGGAGGGAUGAAACCAUCAAGGUUAAAGGUGUGCCUGCUGGAAUCGGAAAAGCAACCUCAAGAUAAUCAAAUUGGCUAUCAUUACUUCGUGGACCUGUCACCCUUCUCUGCCUUUUGUUUUGUUCUUUGCUCGCUGACUAGUAGUCUUAUUUUUUAUUCCCUUUGGUCCAUCAACUUUGUUAGUAUACAGGUUUUAGAAAUGUGUAGUGUAGUGUAUGUGUUCUCAGAUUCCCCUCAGUACUGCCAAGCUUGUUAAGAGUAGCAGACUGCUUUGAAAUUGAAUUAGUAAAGGGUGUUUUCUAAUC